AUGCGCGCGACUUUCCGCCUCCUCGCGUCCGUCCGCCCGACGGCGCGGUACCUCGAGCCCGGCCAGCCCACCGGUAUCACUGGCCUCCCGACACACAACGCCCCGCGCUCCAUGCUCCUCUACCUCUACAACGCCACCCUCGAGAAGCUCAAGGCCGUGCCCGAGCACUCCGUUUACAGGCAGUCCGUCGAGGCUGUGACCAAGCAGCGUCUUGCGCACGUCGAGUCGGUUGUCCCCCCCGGGUACAAGGAGUGGGCGGCCAAGGCGAAGGAGAUCCUCAAGCAGGAGCCCGAGAAGUUCAGGACGACCAACACGGCUACGAAUGAGAUGCUCGGGGCCGCGAAGGUGGAGAGGGAUGGUCAGGUGUUUGUUGUGAGGCAGUUGCCGAGCGAGGUUGAUAUGCGGUAUCAGCAGUGGGAUGGGGAGGUGAAUGACGGGCCGGAGUUGGAGGGCAGCAGGACGCAGGAGGAGAUGGAGUGGCAUGUCAAGACUCAGUUUGAGAGGGCUGAGGCGCUGGAGCAGAAGGAGGUUGAGUGGGAUCCUGAGCCGCAGUUGACUACUGAGCAGAUUGCUGAGCUGGAGAACAAGAUUGGUGCCGGCUUGAUUGAGGAGGUCAUCCAGGUCGCUGAGGGCGAGCUCAAGCUGACGGAUACCAUGAUUGAGUCCAAGGUUUGGGAGCCCCUUGAGGAGCCUGCGGCCGAGGGCCAAUGGGUUGCUUUUGAGAGAACUGCUUAA